ACCCGUGUAUGAGGGAAGUGAAGGAGGAAAUUCCAGGAGGUGUUACCCCAGAAAAUCCCAGUAAGAAUUCUGAGGGAAACUUCAUGUUAUCCCUGAAUGAUAAAGGAGAAGAUGAAGAUAUGAUGGAGCGCUCCUCAGGAGAAGACCUCCUUACCCCUAAUGUCCAUCCAGAUCUAUCCUAUAAUAAUCCACCUGAUCAUGAGGAACCUUCUCCUGACCAACCACACAUUGUUACCACAAGGACAGAUCAGGAACAUGGGAAAGGUUUAUGUUGUGAUGAAUGUGGGAAACAGUUUGCUAGAAGAGCACAUCUUUUUAGUCACAGGAAAAUUCACCCGGGGCGGAAGCCAUAUUCAUGCUCAGAAUGUGUGAAAUGUUUUGCAAGCAAAUCCGACCUUGUUAAACAUGAGCGAUAUCACACAGGAGUGAAGCCAUAUUCAUGUUUAGAAUGUGGGAAAUGUUUUUAUUUGAAAUCAGAUCUAGUUAAACAUGAGCGAAUUCACACAGGAGAGAAGCCGUAUUCAUGUUCAGAAUGUUGGAAAUGUUUUAAAACUAAAUCAGAGCUUGUUACACAUGAAAGAAUUCACACAGGAGUGAAGCCAUAUUCAUGUUCAGAAUGUGGGAAAUGUUAUACACAAAAAUCACUUCUUGUUGUACAUGAGAGAAUUCACACAGGAGAGAAGCCAUAUUCAUGUUCAGAAUGUGGGAAAUGUUUUAAAACUAAAUCACAGCUUGUUACACAUGAAAGAAUUCACACAGGUGUGAAGCCAUAUUUAUGUUCGGAAUGUGGGAAAUGUUUUACACAAAAAGCAAGUCUUAUUUCUCACAAGAGAAUUCACACAGGAGAGAAGCCGUAUUCAUGUUCAGAAUGUGGGAAAUGUUUUAAAACUAAAUCAGAGAUUGUUGUACAUGAGAGAAUUCACACAGGAGAGAAGCCGUAUUCAUGUUCAGAAUGUGGGAAAUGUUUUAUUACUGUAAGAAAACUAAUGAAUCAUCAGAAAUGUCACAUGCUGGAUAGAGAUCUGUUCCAUUGUUUGAGGACUUCGGACUGUAGCGCCCAAGGAACUGCCUCUAUAGAAGAGGACAUGAGCCCUAGGACCCUCAUUAAGGUUCUUAUCGAUAUCUGGCGAAGUCUGAAUAAUUUGGAAACGGCGAAGUCUACCUUGGGUGGCUCAAGCCAGGAAGAAGUCUCCUCUUCAGAAAAGGAGAACAAGGUGAGGUCUCCAGAACUGACCCCAUUAGGACACCGCUGUCUAUUAUUCAGUGGAGGAGUUGGAGGACACAAGGAUCUGUACCAGGACAUAGUCAUGAUGGAGGAUCACCGGCCCCUCACAUCACAAGAUGGAGUCAUUGAUAGAAAUCAACCUGAGAGGUGUCCCCGCCCUCUGUAUUCCCAGGACUGUCCAGAGGGAAAUGUCCCAGAGAAGCAUCAGGUUGAAGAUCAGAUUAAUAUUAAAGUUGAAGUUAAAGAUGAACCAGAAGAGGAGACGGAUUGUUGGUCCGAUCAGCAGUGUGUAAGGGAAGUGAAGGAGGAAAUUCCAGGAGGUGUUACCCCAGAUGGAGUCAUUGAUAGAAAUCCACCCGAGAGGUGUCCCCGUCCUCAGUAUUCCCAGGACUGUCCAGAGGGAAAUGUCCCAGAGAAGCAUCAGGUUGAAGAUCUGAUGGAUAUUAAGGUUGAGGUUAAAGAGGAAUCGGAAGAGGAGACCGACUUUUGGGCCGAUCACCCUUGUGCAAGGGACGUGAAGGAGGAAAUUCCAGGAGGUGUUGUCCCAGAAAAUCCCAGUAAGAAUUCUGAGGGAAACUUCAUGUUAUACCUGAAUGAUAAAGGAGAAUAUGAAGAUAUGAUGGAGCGCUCCUCAGGAGAAGACCUCCUUACCCCUAAUGUCGAUCCAGAUCUAUCCUGUAAUAAUCCACCUGAUCAUGAGGAACCUUCUGACCAACAACACAUUGUUACCACAAGGACAGAUCAGGAAUAUGGGAAAGGUUUAUAUUGUGAUGAAUGUGGGAAAGAGUUUACAAAAUGGUCAGAUUUUGUUAUACACCAAAAAAGUCACACAAGAAAGAAGCAGUAUGUGUGUUUAGUAUGUGGGCAACACUGUAAAAGUCAAUCACAUCUUAUUAUACAUGAGAGAAUUCAUACAGGUGAGAAGCCAUAUGCAUGUUCAGAAUGUGGGAAAUGUUUUAUAAGUAAAUCAGAUCUUGUUAAACAUGAUAGAAUUCACACAGGAGAGAAGCCGUAUUCAUGUUCAGAAUGCGGUAAAUGUUUUAUAAGUAGGUCAAAUCUUGUUAAACAUGAGAGAGUUCACACGGGAGAGAAGCCGUAUUCAUGUUCAGAAUGUGGUAAAUGUUUUGUGAGUAAGUCAAAUCUUGUUAAACAUGAGAAAAUUCACACAAGAGAGAAGUUAUAUUCAUGUUCAGAAUGUGGGAAAAGUUAUAAACAAAAACUACAUCUUUCAAAACACGAGAGAAUUCACACAGGAGAGAAGCCAUAUUCAUGUUCACAAUGUGGGAAAUGUUUUAUACAACAAUCACAACUUUCUAGACACGAGAAAAGUCACACAGGAGAGAAGCCAUAUUCAUGUUCAGAAUGUGGCAAAUGUUUUAUAAGAAAAUCGGAGCUAGUUAUACAUGAGAAAAUGCACACAGGAGAGAAACCAUUUUCAUGUUCAGAAUGUGGGAAAUGUUUUUUAAGUAAGUCAGAUCUUGUUAUACAUGAGAGAAUUCACACAGGAGAGAAGCCAUAUUCAUGUUCAGAAUGUGGGAAAUCUUUUAUCAGAAAAUCGCAUCUUUCUGGACAUGAGAGAACUCACACAGGAGAGAAGCCAUAUUCCUGUUCAGAAUGUGGUAAAUGUUUUAGAAGUAAGUCUAAUCUUGCUACACAUGAGAGAAUUCACACAGGAGAGAAGCCAUAUUCAUGUUCAGAAUGUGAGAAAUGUUUUGUAAGUAAAUCAAACCUAUCUAGACAUGAGAGAAGUCACACUGGAGACUGAUAGCUGAAAUAAUAAAUGAUAAAAAUACAAUAACAGUAAAAUGUGAUGUUUCUAAGUUCUGUUGUGAGAAUUAACCCUCAAAUAAACUCCAUAAUGAAACCUAAGCAGAAGCUAAAGCCAACAUCAUCUCUUGGUCAUCAGCACCUGGGGUCAUGUGACCUUUGUUGGUAAAUAACGGUAAUGAGAAGUAAUAUGUAAUGCUAUUGUGUAUCAUUUAGUAGUGACUUGUAGCUCUACACUACAGUAUGAUUGGAUGAUUUCUAUGGAUGAUAAUGAUUGGUGAUUACUAUGUAUUACCUCGGCCUCAUUUCCAUUAGAAAUAUUACUGAUUGUAUCUCAUGUGUCACUUCUGUCCUAUCAGGAUCAGGACACUUCUGUGUUGUCACCAAUAACCCUUAGGCCGGGGUCACACACAGGAUUUUGGUCAUAUUGUGUUAGAAUUCUUCUUAUAAUGGGAUUAGUCAUGUGAUGCGGUGUUAUUAGUGUGUAUGGGGUGUGAUGUCUUCUCUGAUUUACAGAACUGUACAGCGACUGACGUGGUCUGAUACAAUUCUGUAAAUGGAGGAGCAGACUGAUCAGUAUGGACCUGUGUAUAGGGAAGAGACACUGGAGUGAAGUGGGGGGGUAACCAAUCCCCAAUC